UUAUUUAUAAAGACGAUGAUAAAAAGUGAUGUGCUGAGGUUCAUUUCCGCCUUUUUACAUGUGUAUGUUCUACUCUAUCAUAAAGGCUGCAAUGGAGAAACGGAUUGUAUCCGCAAAGCAGCAGACCUAUACCAUCAAUUAAUUAAUAAUUCGACUUGUUUGUCCAGUUCUUCAGUGAAUGCUUCGUUAAGCAAUCUAGAGAAAUGUUCCCCAGAAUGUUCAAUAAUAAACUCUGCAGCAGAGGACAAUUAUGUGAGAGUACAAAUCAAAUACGCUGCUGAUAUCGUGUUGAAAUUGGAACAUAAGAAGAACUCAAAAUGUACUUAUUCAGCUAAAGAUAUCAAUAUUGAUUGCAAAAUUGAUCAAAACACAUUAGGGUCACUGCAAAGCUGCAUAAUUGGACGUUGUCUUUUAGAACAAAAAGAAAAGAUACAAGUCACGGAGACACAGGCCUGUCCAUUGAUCGGGAAUGGUUCAGAAAAAUAUGUUACCCUUGACAUUCACCAUCUGAUUAUUGUCAUGGUGUUAGGAUCAAUCCUAGAAUAUCUCUCAUUAACAGAAAACUAGUUGAUAUCACACUGAAUCUACAAUUAUACAUUUUCUGUAUGAAAAUGUUCCUGGCAGCAUUUAUGGAUUUUGAAACGAAGGAUGGAAGUGUGAAUCUAUACAGAAUCUCUUCACAGCAACCAAUUUAUAUCAUCUAAUUAGAAAAACAUACCAUCUUUAUUAAGUCUUAAAAUUUACAAUUUAUGAAUUUAUCAUUGAAGAUUCGGGGUAUAUAAUUUUUGUCCUCUCCAUCCAUCUGUUUUGUCUGUUUGCCCGUUAAAACCUUGCCCAUAACUUUUAAGUGAACGAGGCUAUGACUUUCAUAUUUCAGAGCUGCAUUCCUUUUGACAGGGCCUUUCUUGACCAAAUUUGACCUCUUGGGCUUAGACUUUUAACCCACUUUUACACAAAAUUACCUAACUUACACCUUGGCCAUAAUUUUGGUACUAGGGCUUCCAAACCUUACCUGUUUAUUUAUUUUGACAAGCCCUUCAAUACGUAUAGAUGUUUUGGACCUUUCAACGUGUUACAGUAGGUUUUACCUACUUUCAAAAAGUCUUCAUCUUUGGCCAUAACUUUUGAACAGUUAAAAACUAGAUCUUUCAUAUUUCACAGGUUCAUUCCUUAUUACAAGACCGUUUGGAUACCUUCAGUAAUUUUAACCUUUUGACUUUGACCUUGGAAUUUGACUUGCAUUUGAGAAAGAAAGUUCAACGCUUCCUUUAAGCUGACAUA